AUGGAUGAAAAGAUCACGCAGCAUUAUUUGGCUGACUCACCCCCCACGGUGGUCCGCUUGGAGGUCAAACACCAUUUUGAUAAUCUUCAGGAUGCAAAACUGAGGCGAUAUGCCCACUUCAUAAGCAGAGCGGCAUUUGAAGGCACUCGUAUCACUUUGCGCCAGGUAUCUCCCGAAUCUGAGCCCAUCUACGAUCUCAUCAUCUCACUCUACCGUGCCUGUGACGGGAAUUGGAUUGGCCUUGCUCAGAAAACCAAUGUUAGCGACGAGCAUUUGCGCUACUUCUUGGAGUAUUCUGCGCAGUUUCUUGGAAAUUGCGGGAACUACAAAGGGUUUGGUGACUCGAAGUUCAUUCCCCGGUUGCCUGUAGAAGCGCUAGAGGCUUUGGCAUCAUCUACGUCAGAGACAAAAGCAGCCUUUGAAAAAGCGAAUAAGAUUGGGGGUGGUAUUUACGCCACGAAAGAGCAAUCACUUAUGCACCUUGGUUAUACGGACAGUGGUCAUAUGACUACCUAUUACCCUGACUCACCGUCUAUUACAAAAGAUGAGAUUACGGCGAUUGGAGACCUUAUGGAAAAGAAAGGAUUACCAUUGGAGAAUACGAGAUUGAAGAAGUUGCAAUCCGGUGACUUUGAGUUGUUGAUUGCCUCCGGCAUUACUUCUCCCCUCCCGCGGGAUAGGGAUCUCGGUGACGUUGACACUUUGGACCUGCACGGUAACCUGGCUGGGAAGAAACUGCGCCUGGCUUUUGGAGAUCAUUUAGAGGAAAUGGCAAAGAUCGCUUGGUCGAUUAAGCAGGCGGGACUCAAUGCAGCAAACGACAACCAGAAACGGAUGUUGGAUGCAUAUGCAUUGUCAUUUGGUGCUGGUUCGAUUGAAGCAUUCAAAGAGAGUCAACGGAUUUGGGUGAAGGAUCAAAGACCGGUUCUAGAGACAAAUAUAGGGUUUGUGGAGACCUAUAGAGACCCUCACGGAGUGCGGGGUGAAUGGGAGGGUUUCGUUGCUUUAGUCAAUCUGGAACGCACUCAAGCCUUUGGAAAGUUGGUACAUAGUGCAGAGAGCAUGAUCCCAAAGCUUCCAUGGGGCAAGGACUUUGAAAAAGACCAGUUCCUCAGUCCAGACUUUACUUCUCUUGAAGUUUUGAGCUUCCAAUCUUCGGGUAUUCCUGCUGGCAUCAACCUGCCCAAUUAUGAUGAUAUACGUCAAAACUUAGGCUUCAAAAACGUGUCUUUGGGAAACGUUCUCAGUGCCAAAGCUCCUAAUGAGCCAGUUCCAUUCAUUGCUGAAAAGGAUUUGGAGGUUUACCGCAAAUGCCGUGACCCCGCCUUUGAAGUCCAAGUAGGUAUCCAUGAACUUCUUGGGCACGGAACGGGCAAGCUUCUUCAGGAGACCGCUCCGGGGAAGUAUAACUUCGAUAUUUCCAAUCCUCCUGUUAGUCCAGUUACAGGCAAGCCUGUAUCUACCUGGUACAAGCCUGGCCAGACCUGGAGCUCUGUGUUCGGAAAUAUUGCCUCCUCCUAUGAAGAGUGCCGUGCAGAGUGCGUCGCUAUGGUACUUGGAUGUGACUUUGGCAUUCUGAAGAUUUUCGGGUUCGGAGAUGGACAAGAAGAUCUCACAAAUGACGCUGGCGAUGUCUUGUUCGCAGCAUAUCUGCAAAUGGCUCGUGCAGGCUUGGUUGCCUUGGAAUUCUGGGACCCCAAGACUCAGAAAUGGGGGCAGGCCCAUAUGCAAGCUCGAUAUAGUAUUCUGCGAACAUUCCUUGACGCUGGUGAUGAUUUCGUCAAGCUAUCUUAUACCACAGAAGACCUUUCGGAUCUGGAGAUUCAUCUAGAUCGAUCGAAGAUCCUGACGCACGGGCGUCCUGCUGUGGAGAAAUAUUUGCAAAAGCUGCAUGUCUACAAGAGUACCGCAGACUUCGAAGCAGGUAAGAGGCUCUAUGACGAUAUCACAUCGGUUGACGAGUGGUGGGGGACGAAAGUACGCGAGAUUGUCCUGAAGAACAAGGUCCCGCGUAAAGUGUUUGUCCAGGGUAAUACCAUCCUGGAUGGGGAUAAAGUGACCUUUAAAGAGUAUCAACCGACGCCAGAGGGUAUGAUUCAGAGCUUCGUCGAACGCAAUAGAAACGGGAGUCUGGAUCCUCUUCGAUCUACAGGACAACCCUCACAGGCAGCUCCCCGCAAUCCGCAGCGGGAAUACGAGAAUAAACACCAUUCUUGCGACCUCGAAACACAUUUCGACACCUUGCCGUGGCAAUCAAGUUCUCCUGGCUCGCCUACCACGGCGCGGCCGCAUCAUCUCCCGAAUUCCGUAGUGGAGGAAGACGACGACUUCUAUACCGCGCCGCCGCCGCAUUCCCCAUCCUCAGAGGCUUCCUCAUCCAGCUUUAUCUCAGCACAACCCCCGCCAUUCUUGUCCCUUGUUCACCCUCCUGGAGUUGAGUCCAACCGCGACAAAUCUACCGUUCCCGAGUCCGAGCCAGUUACCGUCUCGCCGUUCGCCUCUCCACUCUUCGAAGCAGAGCCUCUAGAAUCAGAUUCCUCAUCUUCUGUAGUCGCACAGACCAAGGCAUCAUUUUCUAGAGACCCCAAAGAUUAUUCUCCAGGAAAGUCUGCGGAAGAGGGAGAGCCUCCUCCACCGUACACCGAAGGAUCUAGCCCCAUAAACUCAUUUACAUACGUUAUGGCAGCGGCAGGGGGCGCGUCGAGUAUCAUUACUCAGGUACAACAGGCAGGGGGACCACCGAUCAAUACUUUAGGAGACAUCGGCGGGGAUGAGCAUAUUACUCUCGAUCUCAGAGGGACUAGGUUCACUCUCUCUCGGGACGAACUGUUGACACUGCCGGAGUUUGUGCUUCUCUCGCUGUUCCCGAAUGGCCUGCUUCCGGAUGGACAUAUGGGCAGUUUCCACGAAGGUGAUAUCUAUCCCGUCGAUUAUGACCCGGUGUCUCUCCAGUACAUGCUAGACUUCUUCCGCUCCGUCGCUCAGUCGAUCCCAUCGUCGCCAUCCGCCUCGGCAUCGCAAGAUUUGGACGUGUCUCCCGAUUCCAUGCAAGGGUCGACCAGGGACAUGCUUCAAGACCGGGCAGGAAUUAUCGUCCUGCGAGAAGACCUUGAUUUUUAUGCCAUUCCUCCACGACCGGAAAUCAACCACUUGGAAAUGAUCGAGGUUAAACGGGCCGCUGCCAAAGCACUAUUGAAACAAGACGGAAUUUUUUCCGGGUUGAGGAAGAGCGAUGAGGCUGGUUCAACGGAGCAACACUUGAUCGAGAUGCUCACAGCAGGCGGCUUUGAUCGUGAUGACCGGUGGGGCCACCGUGCCCCGGAGCCCAACAAGGCAGUUAUCUGCAGCCUCGCAUUGGCUAAACUUCGUACUGAUAUCCGGGGCGACAUUUCCAAUAAUAACGCAGUUGGCAUGGCUCAAAAGCUACUCCUCUUUUGGCGGAAACCGGCUAGGAGAUGUUGGUGGGAGGGUGUUGAGUUGGAGAAUAUCGAAGGCGUCGAAGGAAAAGUGAAAAUCUGGAUCCGUAGGGUAUGGACUUUAGAAAUGAGUGUCAUUGGGCUUCGAUAGCCGGUUUCCACCGAUUUGUCAAGCGUUUCCGUCCUUCUCGUCAUGUUGCAUUUUUGUUCGCAUUUGAUGCAUGCUAGAUACAUAUCAUUGGCAGCAUUUUCUUCUUCUUUUCUAUUCACAAAUUUUCAUUCUGCCCAUCUUUGGGGGAGUUCAUGAUAUCCCUUGUCUACUCCCAUGUUUGCAAAGCAGACAAAGGGAA